AUGCCGGCCAUCACGGCCGUCUCAUUUUCAAGCGAGCCAGGCCGUUGUAUUUCCAAGUACUCUUCCAGCCUCGACCUAGUCUUCUGGAAAUCAUGGCUGCGCGAACCAGCUCGCAAUUCACUUCGAGAUUGGAUGCUAUGCGAGCUCAGCUGGCAUCGCGUGAUCUACACGCGGCCGAACGGUGGCAUCACGAUUCACACCCCGCGCUUUACGACGACGUUUGGUCGGGAUGACUUACCUGGUAAUUCGGAUGGGUCUUACUCCAAAACGCCCAAAGCGAUCCCAGAGUGCUUGAUGGCGAUCAAGGAAGAGAUCGAGCGGAUCACGCAAGCGUCCUACAAUGCGCUCAUUGUGAAUUAUUACCAAGAUGGCAACGACAGCAUAAGCUAUCAUUCUGACGAUGAGACUUUCCUGGGUCCCAAUCCAAGCAUCGCUUCAUUGACGCUCGGCAGUACGCGCGACUUUUUGAUGCGUCGCAAAGCGCCCUCGAGCGUCAUCGGCCCUGCCGCCACGCGGCCGACGGAGAAGUUCAUGCUCGAGGACGGCGAUUUGCUUCUCAUGCGCGGCCGAACGCAAGCCGAGUGGGAGCAUGCCGUGCCAAAGCGAAAAAACGCACCCGGUGGGAGGAUCAACAUUACUUUUCGCCGAGUCGUAAAUCGGAAAGGUACCGAGAAUUUCCUGCGCUACAAUCGGGGUGACGGGCCGACGUGGCGAUUUCAGAAUGGACGCAUGGAAGAAGCGCCCGAAAACCCGGGCAUAUAG